AUGGUAAAGUUUCUGCUGCUGGCAUUGGCAUUCGGACUGGCUCAUGCUUAUGAUGAGCUUCAAGGAAAAUGGGAUACCAUUGUCGUCGCUGCUAACAAUGUUGAAAAGAUAGAAUUAGGUGGAAAUCUGAGACUCUACGUACGUGAAGUUACUUGUAACAAUGAUUGUACUGAAAUGUACAUCACAUUUUAUGUCAAUUUGAAUGGCCAAUGCUCAAAGACCACAGUCACUGGGUAUAAGCAAGCCGAUGGCACCUACAGAACCCAAUAUGAAGGUGACAAUAUAUUUCAACCUGUGUAUGCAACAUCAAAGAAUUUAGUCUUCACUGGUAAAAAUACGGAUAGAGCUGGCAAGGAAACCAAAUUGAUUUUCGUUCUUGGAAAAAGUAAGACUUUGAGUCAAGAAGAAAAUGAAAAACUUGAGGCAUUGACUGAGAAAGAGGACAUUCCAAAAGAAAACAUUCGAGAUGUUCUGGCCACAGGGUGUCCAGCGUUUCAGGAGUCAGAUUGA